AUGAGCAACCCGAUCCGAUUCCGGUUCCCGGAUACGUUGGCUAUCCGGUUUGUAAGUUUCCGCUGCUUAUUAUUUCCAACACGUUUGAAUNGACGAUCCAAAAAGGCUUGUAAAAUGAGCAACCCGAUCCGAUUCCGGUUCCCGGAUACGUUGGCUAUCCGGUUUAAGAGCAACGAGAGGUUGGAGAUCGACGUUGGCGAUGAGAAGUCAAUGCAGCAGCGGAAGUUCGACGAUCUGACAUCAUGGAUAUGGCUUCAGAAUGCAAUUCAUCCAGAAUCGGAGGAUGAUCAUGGACUAAGUAAGGAAUCGAUCUCUCGACGGAUUAAGCCUUCGAAAGGGAUCAAUCUGAAGAAGUGGGUGAAGGAAAAGAAGCAAAGAAGAAAAGAGGAGGAGAGGCUGCAGAAAGCCGAGGUGUACGCAGCUGUAUCUAUUGCAGAACUUGCUGCAGCACUUGCAGCUAUAGCAGCAGAGAAUACCGAAGCGAGCGAAACGGCUUCUCUGACAGAAACAGCUGUGGCUUCUGCUGCUGCACUAGUCACAGCACAUUGCGGCCGAGUAGCAGAAGCCAUCGGAGCAAAGCGGGAACAGCCUUCUGCUUUAAAUGCUGCCAUGGCUUCCACCGACACGAACAGCAUCAUUACACUCACUGCUGCAGCAGUAACAUCAUUGAGAGGUGCACAAACACUAAGAGGAAGGCCGGGUUACGGCACGAGGAUAAAAUGGAGUGCACCAAGCUUUUUAUGCGAUGAGUUCGACUUCAACUUCGGAAGGUGUAGAGCAUCACUAGCGAAGGGCGAUGAGAUCCUCGUGGCGACGCCGGACGGCAAAUGCCGAUUACGAUCAGUCUCGGCUAUCCUAAACAAAGAUGGCAAGAUUGUUCUGAAGAUCAAGAAGGCCAACAUGUUGACGGCCUUUUCGAGUAAAACAAAAAGUAUCAUUUACGACGUGCGCACGAGCCCGUCAGAAACGCCUCAUACCGAAAAGGAUGCAUCCUAUUUCAUCGAAAUUACGACGAACAAGGGAAGGAUCGAGCUCAAGGCGCCAAACUAUGAAUUGCACAAGAAAUGGGUCACCACCAUGAACCACAUGCUAAUGCUUUCUAAAACUUUCCGUAAGUAUGAAACAUAAUUCAAUUUGUGAAACAACCGUUGUACUCUAAAAGCUUAAGCCGUUAGAGAACAAUGUUUUAAAUAUUUUUCUCUGAUACCAUGUGAAACAACCGUUGUACUCUAAAAGCUUAAACUGUUAGAGAACAGUGUUUUAAACAUUUUUAUAUUUAACACAAUUUGUGAAAUUGUUCUAACAUGUUCUUUUGUAUUUGUCACAAAAUUAUUAAGGU